AUGGAUAAAGAUAUGGCCUGCGAGAGGUUCUCUCCUCCUUCUAUCUUGAGGAGUGUAUUAGGUGAUGAGAGUGAUAUUCUUGACCUCUUGAUUAUUGCUGUUCAUGAAACUUUCUUGAAGUCCGGCCUUGUUGGAUUCGAUUCGGUAUCUGGAACACGAGUUAAUGGACUUCAGUUCCCUGAAGAGUGGCCUUCAUCCGCUACCCCGUUGUCAGUUUCCUAUACUCUUCCGGAAGUUUUGGACAAGGAAGAUGUUUCUGAAUCAAUUGUUUUGAAUAUCCGGAGGGUGAUUAAUGGUUGUGUUGUAGUUUCAGGGUCUUUGAUAGAGAAUAGGUCAAAGUUGUAUCUGACUUUGGAUCAGAAUAGAUUUGCCCCAGUUUUGGAUUUGCUGCGGAGAAAUUGUCUUGAUGAGGAUAAGAUGAGGGAAGUUUAUAAUUUAUGGAAAACUGUCAAGGACCAGCUCGUUUUGCCAUUGUCCAUACAACUAUCCGAAAAGACUGGUGCGACCCUUCCACCAUGCUUUAUGCGCCUGUCAUCUUAUUUAAAGCGCAAGAUUUUGGAGUUACUUCCUGCCACCGAUGUUGCAAGAAUGGCAUGCGUUAGUUCAGAGAUGCAGAUUUUGUGUUCGAACGGUGAUUUAUGGAAGCAGAGGUAUGCGGAAGAGUUUGGAUAUGCCUCUGAAACACAAAGUUGUGGCAACUGGAAAAACAGAUUGGUUGGGAUUGGAAGAUUAAGAACAAUUAUAAGAAGAAGGAGACAAGAUCAGAGUCGUACCUGCAGGAUUUCUUCGACUCGAGAGGCAGUUUCACUAGCCAAUUCAGAUAUGGCCUGCGAGAGGUUCUCUCCUCCUCCUAUCUUGAGAAGUGUAUUAGGUGAUGAGAGUGAUGUUCUUGACCUCUUGAUUAUUGCUGUUCAUGAAGCUUUCUUGAACUCCGGUCUUGUUGGAUUCGAUUCGGUAUCUGCAACACGUGUUAAUGGACUUCAGUUCCCUGGAGAGAGGCCUUCAUCCGCUACCCCGUUGUCAGUUUCCUAUACUCUUCCGGAAGUUUUGGACAAGGAAAAUGUUUCUGAAUCAAUCUUUUUGAAUAUCCGGAGUUUGAUCAAUGGUUGUGUCGUAGUUUCAGGGUCUUUGGCAGAGAGUAGGUCAAAGUUGUAUCUGACUUUGGAUCAGAAUAGAUUUGCCCCGGUUUUGGAUUUGCUGCGGAGAAAUUGUCUUGAUUAG